UCAUUUGGGAAUGGCGGGAUCGCGCAGACGAUGAAUGCGCUGAGGUACGAGCAGGAUUGGAAGCGCAAGAUUUCUUUCUGGAUCCAGGAAUUUGAGCGCCAGGCCGAAAUGGAGAAGAUUUGGUGCCUCGGCGGCAUUCUUUUGCUGGUAUCGACCUGUGCCGGCGUCUCAUUCCACGCCACGCUGCAUCGCAGCGAUGCGGUAUUGACCACUGAUGCGCAUUGGUACACGCAGACUCUGGAUCACUACGCGACUCAAGACGAUAGGACUUUUGCUCAACGUUACUAUGAGUUUACGGACUACUUCGAUGCUCCCAACGGGCCAGUGUUUCUCAAGAUAUGUGGCGAGGGAACGUGUGUAGGGAUCCAAAACGAUUACAGUGCGGUGCUAGCGAAAAGAUUUGGAGCCGCGAUUGUUUCUCUGGAACACCGAUACUAUGGACAAAGCUCGCCAUUCAAAUCUCACGCGACAGAGAACUUGAUUUAUCUAUCUUCCAAGCAGGCUCUUUUCGAUCUCGCAGCAUUUCGUGAAUACUACCAGGACCUGAUUAAUCAUAGGACCAACUCUACCAGCGACAAUCCUUGGAUUGUAAUGGGAGGGUCAUACUCUGGAGCAUUGAGUGCCUGGUUUAAGCUGAAGUUUCCACAUUUAGCGGUUGGAAGCGUUGCAAGCUCUGGUGUUGUCCAAGCAAUUUUCAAGUUCACUAAGUUCGACGAGCAGGUUGCCGAAUCCGCUGGCGCUACCUGUAGCGCUGCUUUGCGUGCCGUAACCCGUUUAGCAGAACAAGGCCUGAAGGAAAAUUCUGUUUCUACGAAAGCCUUGUUCAAUGCUGAACAGCUUGAUGUAGAUGGAGAUUUCUUGUAUUUGCUAGCUGAUGCUGCAGCGAUUGCGUUUCAGUAUGGUAAUCCAGAUAUCUUGUGUUCGCCACUUGUUGCUGCGUAUAAACGUAACGAGGAUCUACUGGCUGUGUAUGCGAAGUAUGUCAAAGAUUACUACAUAGACACAUUUAAAUCGAGCAUCAAUACUUAUGAUCAAAAGCACUUGAAAGAAAACUUGGCUGCAGGAGAUCAUUCGAGUGAUAGAUUAUGGUGGUACCAAGUGUGCACCGAAGUAGCGUACUUUCAAGCGGCGCCUGCAAACAAUAGCAUUCGCUCUGCUCUCGUCAAUGUCAAGUACCAUUUGGAUUUAUGCUCCAACGUCUUCGAGAACGGCACAUUCCCAGAAGUCGAUAACACGAACCUUUACUACGGGGGAAACAAGAUCAGAGGAGAUAAGAUUUUGUUCAUGAACGGUUCCCAAGAUCCUUGGCGUCAUGCCUCCAAGCAAACUUCUUCGCGUAAUGAGCCUGCAUAUGUGAUUAAGUGUCAGAACUGCGCUCAUUGUGUUGAUAUGCGAGGCUGUCCGCAGACCCCGCUUCAAAUCGGAGGAAACACCUCGAAAUGCGCCGACCCGGAGGCUGCACAAGCGGGUCAGCAGCUCAUAGCCACUUACAUCUCCCGCUGGCUCGAAGACGCGAAUGGCUCUGUAAAGUACAUGUAGAUCCUGGCACCCUUCAAGGUAGCUUUCGAUUAGCGAAGAUUCACGCAAAAAUCUCGCUGGUCAAAAAUCCGAUGCUACAUCUAUGGUAUGGCGUAACGCAAGGUACUUUGGAUUUCCUACCUGUUUAGCUUUUGUCUUGUUUCGUUUUUUUCCUGCAUUCUACACUGCUGCCAACUAUUGUCUAUGCUUUUUCUAAUCGCAUGGUAUAAAAUGCUUAUCUGUGAGGUGCGUGUGGGGGUAUGUGUGUGUGUGUUUCUCUACUGGUAUUCUUUGUCCAUGAUCCAACCAUUCCUUCCCAGCGUCAGCUCUAAAACUUUUUUCUUUUGUUCUCUUUUUCUUGCCACACUCUUUGUUUUCUCUUUGAUCCUACACGCCUGGGCCUCCCUCCUUGUUGGCUUCGUUGUCCUCCAGAUGCGCAUGGCUGCUCAUGAUCGCUUAAAUUCAACAAGUGGUCAUAAUCCUCUUUUUUAUUUUUCUCUCUCUUCCUCCGACAAAAGCUCGAGAAGAAACCAUUUUUUUGGCCGUGGUCAGCUUACUCACUUGCUUGUCACUUUUCAUUCGAAGGGCGGCUUUCAGUAAAAGAUUAUUCUUAUGUGA